AUGCAUAAAUUGGACCAGCAGCAGCGGCGGGAUGAAUUCGAUAUUGCUCAGAUGCAGGAGGAUCUAGGCCGAGGAAACGGCUUAGGGUUGACAGGUCACCAGUCCGAGCCGACGACGCCGCCCGAGUAUCGAGAGACAAGUUCGGGAUUCCCUACCAUGUUCUCUCGUCCCAACCGAUAUUCGACUCCUAGCCUUGGUCUCGUAUCUCCACCAGGGCUUUUCAAUCGACCGGGGAGAUCUGGUUCUCAGCUCGCGUCUCCCCAGUCGGGCAUUCUUCAAUCUCGCUUUUUCGACGACGCUAUACCAUCCCGUUCCGUACCGAGCUCUCGUAGGAACAGCGACGAAGACGAGAAGGAGGAGGCUCUUCGCCAGGAUCCUACAAGUCAUCGGUCAACUAACGCAGACGACGAAUCCUCGAUGGAUUUGAACAAUUUUUCCAACAUUGACGCCAGUGAGGACGGUUUCCCUCAGCUCUACGCACAGAAAGGAAAUCCCAACGUGUUAUCUGCUUCUUCCGCCGCAGUUGAUCUCGCAUCUCACCGUGCAAGUGGUGAAGCUACCCCUACCAACGGCUGGGCAAACAUUCCCCGCCAUCGACAACAGCAGAGUCUAUCUACUCUAGGAUCAUCCCAAAUGAAUACCACCGACAGCAUGUCUACUGGCCAAGCGGGGUCAUCGGCCGACAGUACCUCUGUUGCUAGUCGCCCUUUCCGUCACUCCCUCGACGUAAGCCAGUACAGGGAGACUAGUACCGAUACUGCAACUACCUCAACCAUGCCUCCUUCAUCUACUCAGGUGCUUUCCACACCCCCCAAGCUACAGACCUCCUUCUCUGCAGGUGAGAUGGCUGCCAUUAAGAACGUCCCCAGCGCUACCUUGACUCCUUCGAGCAAUGCGAAUGCCCAUGCUCAGCAACACUUCCACAACCACAAUGCUAGCAUCGGCCGAAUCCCCCCUGGCGCCAUGAAACGCCACAGCCGUGAGCUUUCCAAUGACAAUCAUGCUGUCGCUGCCCAAGCUGGUGCACCAUAUCCAUCAAUUUCAUCACAACUGCAGGGUGGUGCCCCUGCGUUUGGCCCUGUUGCAUCCAGCCAGGCCGCUAUUCAGUCACCUGCCUCUGCCGGAACAGCUACUGCUGGUUCGCCCUCAUCUCUUGGGCCUUACCAGCAAUUCUAUGGCGGAUACAGCCAGCCGAACCCUAACGGUCCCGGCCCCGGUCCCGGAUAUAACAUGAACAUGAUGACAAUGGGCAUGCAGAACUUGGGAAUGAACAAUUACCCUCCUCAGAACUAUGUUGGCUACGGCCCCAUGUACCAGCCCCAUGCGCAGCCUCGAGACUCACAGCAGCGUGUAAUGCAGCAGCGUCGUGCCCAGGAUAACGAGGCUAUGACCCGUUAUGCCAACCUAUCUUUGGAGCAGGUAGGAGGUACAAUCUACGAUCUUUGCAAGGAUCAGCAUGGCUGCCGAUACUUGCAGAAGCAACUCGAGAACCGAAACCCCGAACAGGUCCACAUGAUCUGGCUAGAGACGAAUCAGCAUGUCGUCGAGCUUAUGACGGACCCAUUUGGAAAUUACUUGUGCCAAAAGCUUCUGGAAUAUUGCAACGACGACGAGCGUACUGUACUGAUUCAGAACGCGUCUGCAGAGAUGGUCCGUAUUGCUCUCAACCAGCACGGCACACGGGCAUUGCAGAAGAUGAUUGAGUUUGUCUCCACUCCUACGCAUGUCCAGCUCAUCAUUGAGGCCUUGCGAUAUCGAGUUGUCGAACUCAUCCAAGAUCUCAUGGAAACCAUGUGA